AUGUCUGCAUUUGGUCAACGUGGUCGACAGUUCUUUAAUAAGAACAACAACAAUGAUGAUACUAAGAAGCGUGCUGGCACUACUAAAUGGUCCGACGUGCGUACGCAGUGCUUGGUUCAAAAGUAUGGUCUCUUUCCCUCGUUGGUGCCCACUAGUGAUAAUAUUAUGAAAAGUCUUAAUGGUGACAACUGUGAGUGGUUGCGUCGUCCUGGAUAUGCUGCCUCUUUUCUCGGGCAAGAUUUAAAGGAGUUCUGCGACUCGUUCGACAAUAUGACAAACUUGAUUAACAACGAGUAUGUCACUGGAGUACUUAGACCAUUACGUACUCUGAUUAUCGAGAGUGAUGCAGCCAAGAUCAUUCAGCCUAUUGGUAAUAGUGUUACCCAAUUUCAAGAUAGUGAGAUUGAGGAUGAUGAAGAGGAAGUGGCUACGGCAAUGUAUACUUUUACUACUGAGCUAUGUAACUGGGCUAUGCUGCGUCCAGAUGGACAUGCUGAUUCUGCUGGCAUGAUUAAAGAGAUGGAGGCCUUACUGGAAUGUAUUACUCCACUGGCUAACCUAUGUGUAGAUAUACUUAUUUACUUAAGUAUUUUGGAUCAUGGUAGUGACUACAUUCUUACUUAUUCUUAA